AAGUGGGGGGAGAGAGAGACACACACAGAGUUCAAGUACCAGGAGCCUGAGCCUGGCUGGCUGUCCCAGGGCCUCCCCCAGAUGACGUGAGGAGUGGGCAUGCACAGAGGGGCUGGCAGGGGAGGGGCCCUCGGAUGUGUCUCCCCCGUGGCCUGCGCAUUGUCGCGGGAAGUUGGGUGAGCGGAACCAGCGUGCUCAGGCCGGGAUCGGCCCCUCCCUGGGCCCACUGCCUUCCUGCCUCCUCCUCCUCAUCGCCGCCCCGCGGUGCCCUGACAGUGCCGCCGGCCUGGGGGCCCCUCCCCCGACGCUCUUCACACCAUGCCCCACCUCUGCCCAUCCGAGGCCGGGGUCCCGGGCUCAGCCUCCCACAGAGAGCUGCUGGCGGGGUUUUGUGCAGCCGGAUGCCAUCCUGGGGUCAGCAGUGGCGGGCAAUGAGGAGGGGGGCUCGGCCCCGUGGGGCUGCUGCGGGGAGAAACAGCCACGUGGCAAGGCCCCUGCCAAGAUGCCUCCCCCGGGGGGCCCUCUCCCUCUCGGAUCAAGAGCCUCUCUCUAGAAGCAACCUUUCUCUCCAAGCCCCACUCAAACCUGCUCUCUGGGAUGGGGAUCAGACUGGCCUGGCACCAGCCCUGCCCUGCCAUCUCUGGGCUGACCCUGAGAAAGUCACAUCCCCUCUCUGGGUCUCGGUUUCCUCAUCCCCAAAAUGCGGCUAUUAACAUGCACAGGACCAUUUCUACGGUGGGUGUGAGGAGGAAAUGAGGUGCUGAAUGUCCUCUUCUCAGGGGCCUGGCACAUGCUGAGGCUCAAUGAACAGCUGGUGUCAUUACCACCAUCAUUACCACCAGCACCACCAUCUCCAUCCUCACUGACACCCCCAUCCUCAUCAUCCCCAUCCCCUCCAUCCUUACC